AUGCUCGCGACCAUUCGUGCUGCGUUGUCCUCGUCAGCUGGAGCUGACGAGGAGAUCCCGACUCGGCCUGCGCGGUAUGAUGACGAAGACACCACCCCGACCAGCCCGCGCGAGAUCGCAGGCUGGUACUGCUAUGGUAUAGCCGCCGAGGUUUUUGCCGUUUGUGGUGUUGGAUCCUUUCUGCCGCUGACCCUCGAACAACUCGCUCGUGAGAAUGGCACUCUGCAGACCAGCCGUUUGCCAUGCUGGGGAUCCUCAGCGCCCGAGAACAAAGGUGACGAACAAUGCGUGGUGCAUGUGCUAGGACUUCAAACCACCACGGCGAGCUUCGCAAUGUACACCUUCUCGUUGGCGGUGUUGGUACAGGCCCUCACAUUGAUCUCCUUCAGCGCUUUGGCUGAUUACGAGCGUAAUCGCAAAUCACUGCUCCUGUCGUUCGGCUUGAUAGGCUCCGCGACGAGUAUGAUGUUUAUUCUCGUUGCGCCAUCAGUAUUCAUCCUUGGAUCAAUACUCGUUGUGAUUGGUGUCACUUGUCUGGGGUCUUCAUUUGUGGUCCUCAAUUCUUUCCUUCCGCUGCUGGUCGCGAACCAUCCAACUAUACGAGGUGCGGGUGCAGGCGAAGAUGAAGGGGGCGUCGAAGAGAUGGCCGAUCUUUCUGGGAACAAUGAAACCAACGAGUGGGGUGCAUGGGAGGACAACGAUAGUCUGAACGCAAUGCCCGCCGACGAAGAUCACCGAAAAGCGUCGGGUCAUCGAAAAAUCGAUCAAAGUGAGUCGUCUGCUUCGUCACUACAGCUCUCCACCAAAAUCUCGUCGAAGGGGGUUGGCCUGGGAUAUUGCGCAGCGGUGCUAGUCCAAAUACUGAGCAUUAUUCUGCUCAUCCUCCUCAACAAGACCGCGCUGGCCAAAAAAUCGGGCUCUAUUCCCUUGCGAUUCAUUCUGCUGGUCGUGGGCAUCUGGUGGUGUGCUUUCACGCUUGUGACUCGUCAAUGGCUACGUGACCGACCAGGCCCUCCCUUGGCUACCUCGAAAUAUUCUAGACAAGCUCGCUGGCGCGUGUGGCUGCGACUGGUUGGGUUUGCCUGGAAGUCACUUUGGCAGACCGUUACCAUCGCGGUACGUCUGCGGCAAGUGAUUGUUUUCCUUGUCGCCUGGUUCCUUCUUUCUGAUGCGAUGGCUACUGUUUCCGGUACUGCUAUUCUCUUUGCGCGGACAGAGCUCCACAUGAGCACUACUGCCAUCGGCUGUUUAUCUGUCACGGUCACUCUUUCCGGCAUGGCUGGUGCAUUUCUUUGGCCGCAUGUGUCUCGACGACUUGGCCUGGAAUCAAACCAGACCAUCAUGGUGUGCAUCGCAUUGUUCGAGCUCAUUCCACUCUACGGAAUGCUGGCAUAUAUUCCAUUCGUGAAGAGAUGGGGCGUCAUCGGUCUACAGCAGCCGUGGGAAAUAUUCCCUUUGGGCAUCAUACACGGUAUUGUUUCGGGAGGCCUUGCCUCGUACUGUCGUUCCUUCUUUGGACUGUUGAUCCCUCCAGGCAGCGAGGCCGCAUUCUAUGCGCUUUACGCUGCGACCGACAAAGGUAGUUCUUUCAUUGGCCCUGCCAUUGUGGGCGUCCUGAUCGACGCGACAAGUACGGUUCGUGUGGGAUUCGUCUUCAUUGCGGUUUUGAUCGUUCUGCCCAUCCCUUUGGUUUGGAUGGUCAAUGCAGAAAAGGGACGCCAGGAGGCCCUGGCAAUGGCGGCUUCUCUUUCCAAGUCCCACGACUUUGACCGUGGGAAUGCGGAGGAUGGUAUGGAAGCUGAAGGAUUGCUUGCUCGUCGGUCGUAA